AUGGUUCAUUUCGUUAAUAGUUCUUUAAUUAAUGUAGCCGGAACCUAUCGGCAUAGUGAGAGUGUAGAAGGAUUAUGGAGUUCUGAGCUUAUCUUGAUUACUAUGACCAAACACUGGAUUUGGGUUUGGGAAAGACUCAGUUCUAGAUUGCUUGUGCAAAGACCAAUUCCAUUCAAUUUCGAACCUAAUCCAAAUCCAACCCAAUCCCAAUCUAAAUCUCAAUCUAAUCUUAAUCCAACCCCAUCGCAAUCUCAAUCUAAUCUCAAUCCAACCCUAUCGCAAUCUAAAUCUAAUUUAUUCCUUCUAGACCAGUCUAUUGUCCCUCUGGCCGAUCAGGAACAGAUUAGUCUGACUAAGUAUUUGAAAGAACAAAUCAAAGAUUCUAUUUCCCUUUUAGGUAACAAAAUGCACUUACAAAUUUCAGAUAAUCUUAGAUUGUCUUUAAGACAAAGUUCAGUCUUUAUUGUUUAUACUCUAGUUCCAGAACCCGUACUAGUUGAAAACAAAGACCAACUAGUUAUUUAUGAUCCUACUCGUCGUGUUCUAGCCACUCUCCCGACUACGCAUGGUCUUUGCACCCAACUUCGCUAUCUACCAACCACCAAAACUCUCUAUCUGGCAUUUGAAUCCGGCCACAUUCUCCAACUCAUUCUCCAAACCCACUCCACCAAGAUAAGCACUAGUGUGCCUAUGUGUAAUGGUGUGGGUAGUAUUGGUAUGUGUAAUGAUGUGGAUAGUAUUGGUAUGAGUAAUGAUAUGGAUAUGAGUAGUACUAAGAUGAGUACUAGUAGUAAUGAUAAGAGUAAUAAUAAUGAUCUGAGUAGUAAUAGUAGUAGUAGUAAUCAAGAUACUAACAAUAACAAUAACAAUAUCACUCCAGAUACUACUAACAAUAACACUAUCAACCAUAACCCACCUCUAUCUACCCCACAUCUAUCUACCACACCUACCCCUACCUAUCUUAACUCUAUCUAUCACUUUUCCCAGCCUAAACCAAUUCUAGACUUUAUACCCCGACCUUUACUUAUCUCCUACUUUGAUACCCCUCUUCAACUUAUCUCUGACUCCUUAUCUACCCUCUCUUUUAACCACCAAAUCAAACAAAUACAACCUCUACCCUAUCUUAAACCUACACCUAAUGAACAUUCUCUAUUUAUUGCCCUUUCCCAGCACCGACUCCUCCUUAUCACUGCUACUCUUGAUAUUCUUGAGAUACAACAAAUAUCCGGCACUCUUCUCACCAGCAAUCUCAGUCUCUUCCUAGCCCAAGCCAAUGGUCUCCUAAACGAACUAAAUACUCCUCCUAACUAA